CCCGGAUGGAGUUCCGACGCCAUCUUUAGAGCGAAGCUACCGGUAGAGUGGGAACUCCGUGCCGCUGUUGCUCCGUCAGGAAUCCUCGGUCGAGAUUCUCUCCCGUCUCUGAGCCUCUUUACCUCCGCCCGCCCAAGAUCGCCAACCUUACGCCUGUACAACAUGGGAGACCGAGAGCACCUAGUAUAUCAGGCAAAACUUGCCGAGCAAGCAGAGAGAUAUGACGAAAUGGUGGAGUCCAUGAAGAAUGUGGCGCGUAUGGACACAGAGCUGACCGUGGAGGAGCGAAACCUGCUGUCUGUGGCCUACAAGAACGUCAUCGGCGCCAGGAGAGCUUCCUGGAGGAUAAUCAGUAGCAUCGAACAGAAGGAGGAGACCAAGGGAGGAGAAGACAAACUUAAGAUGAUCCGGGAAUACAGGCAAACGGUUGAGAAUGAACUGAAAUCGAUCUGUAACGACAUUCUGGAUGUACUGGACAAGCACCUCAUUCCUGCUGCAGGCUCGGGAGAGUCUAAGGUUUUCUACUACAAAAUGAAGGGUGACUACCACAGGUACCUGGCCGAGUUUGCUACUGGGAACGACAGGAAGGAAGCGGCAGAGAACAGUUUGGUCGCGUACAAAGCCGCCAGCGAUAUCGCUAUGAGCGAGCUGGCGCCUACACACCCCAUUCGCCUGGGACUGGCCCUCAACUUCUCCGUAUUCUACUACGAAAUCCUCAACUCCCCUGACCGCGCAUGCAGGUUGGCGAAAGCGGCCUUUGAUGAUGCGAUUGCAGAACUGGAUACACUGAGCGAGGAGAGCUACAAGGACUCCACACUCAUCAUGCAGCUGCUCCGUGACAACCUGACACUAUGGACAUCAGACAUGCAGGGAGACGAUUCCUAAGGACAACCCCCCCUCCUCCAUUCCCUCUUAGAACUGUACUUUGUGAAGAACAGAAUAAAGAAGCACUGCAAGAUGUGGAGGAUGAGACUCAGUGAGACUUCACGGCCAAUACACAACCCACCCACCCCUGCCCCGAUCUUUGUCUCUCUCGCUGUCUCUCUUGCGCUCUCUCUCUCUUUCUCUCACUCUCUCUGCCUUUCUGUCUUGAACCCCCCCCCCCAGGUUCUCCGGUUGACACGAGAGCCCCGCAGCCAGCCUCCCCCCGCUCCCCUCUCCCGGCACUCUCAUCUUCUCUCUUCUUCUCUCUGUUUCUCUCUCUGUUGCUUUCUCCGUCUGUCCGUCUUGUCUUUCUUUCUUUUGAGGGUUUUUUUCUUUUUGCAUCCUGUGCCCCAAGACUUGUUUUUUGGUUGUUUUUAUUUUCUUUGCUAGAGGUUUUACAUCUUUUUCCUUUACUAUAGUUUCACUGGGAUGCAUACUCAAUUUGAGACUUGCAUAAUAGUCCACUAAUUGAAGGGUAAAACUUACCGGUUCCCCCAAGGUUUUGUUAACUACCUGUUGUAUGAAUUUUUUUUUUUUUUUUUUUAAUUAUUAUUAUUAUUAUUUUCUUUUGUUAAAACUAUAGUUUGCAUUUUUUUGUUGAAUCUGUGGUACUGGAUCAUCAGCCAGAUGUUCUUGGAGGCAAAGAGCUAAAAGUGAUUAAAGGCAUCGACAGAUUUAAUCAUUGAUACAUAUGCAUCUUCUGAUUUGUGUUGCAUUCAAAUGUUUUCGUGGCAAAUGGUUGGAAAUGGUGCUUGUCAUUUUUUUGUUUUCUGAAAGGGACACUGGCUUUACGAAGUACCCCCUGUCCAUGCCCUGUGUGAUGGUGUUUUUGGGAAGCUGGAACACUAGUGUGAGGUAUUAAGCUUGGUGUCGCUGCUUGUAGCCUUUUAUGGGCUGCUGCAGAGGUGAGCUUUGUAUGCUUCCCUUUGUUCCGACAAACAGAAGAGACACAUACACACCGUGUUUUCUUUACAAAAAUGCAGUUGGCUCCAUAUUUUUGUUAACUCUCUAGCCUUUGAUGUCUAGCAUAAUGUCACCUCAUGCAGCUUGCAGUGGACUGCACAGGAGAGCCUGUGCUUUUAUAGUUUUUAAAAUCAAAAUGGCGGGCUUCUCAAAAGAUAUUGUCUUCAUGAACUCUGAAAUAAAGCAGUUUUGCUUUGUUUGAAACAAACGUGUUCGUAGGCUGUGAUGUUGCUUCUGAAUGUUGCUUCAUGUGGCCUCUGAACUGUAAGCUGUGUGUGUGUGUGUGUGUGUGUGUGUGUGUGUGUAUGUACGUAUAUUUGUGUGAGUGUGUGUGUGUGUGUGUGUGUUUCUUAAACCCAAUGGGGAUACUAAAGUUUUAUUUUCAUCUUUUUUCUUUUUUUUAAGAUAGCUUAUAGAUAGGCUAAGUGGUUUUAUUCUCACACUGUUCUUGCCCCCAACACUAUGCCCAUGUUUCUCUUUCUCUUUCUCUGUCUGUGUCCCCCUUCUUUCUCUCUCUUCUGUUCCGUAUGUGUAACUUGAAUCUGAUUUGUACUACUGGAUAUUCAGACUGGAGCCAAUAAGCACCAUCUAUUCUUCCACAGCAUGGAAUUAACAUUAAACUUCAAAUAAAAACAAACCUAAAUUAAAA